UGUAAGCGCUUCACUUUGAAGAUACCAGAGUAGGCUCUUCGUGCUGUCUCUUUUCAACGAAGUCUUACCUGCGACACACUUCUCCAAAUAUAUCUCCUGAAAUAUCUGAAAAAAUAGAAGAUUAACUAGUUUCAAGACUUGAUUCGGAGAAAGGGAUAACUGAAAUAUAAGUUACGGAGUUGAUAAAGUUGAAAAUCGAUGUUGAAGUAGAGAUUUUUGGGACCGGCGAUACGUUUAGGGCCGUGGCCAGUCAGGCAACAGAAAGAGACAAGCUAUCUGGUGGAGUGGUGUCGAAGGCUGUGGAGGCGGUUUGACCAUUUUUUGUUGCACCGCUGAUUGUGAAAGAUUACACUUGAGAGUCGAAAUACAUCUUUACAUCACACGUCAGUGGGCACUGAGCUGUCUUCAAAGUAACACGGAUUAGACACACGCAGUUUCCUUAAACGUAAUCAUGCCUGCGUACCUGUGGUUAUAGUGACAGACAGAAAUUGUGCUUUUCCGGGACUUUCGUAUGUGUUAGAACUGAUUCGGUGUUUGGAGUCGCACUUUCUACUCUGUUCCCGAUUCUGCGUCAAUGGCUGUAUCAACAUUGAACAUGACACCAUACUUUACGGGAUAUUCUUUUCAAGGACAAGGUCGUAUGAAUCAAUUAGGCGGGGUGUUCAUCAACGGGCGUCCCUUGCCCAACCACAUCAGGCUGAAGAUCGUGGAGAUGGCGGCUGCGGGUGUCAGGCCUUGCGUCAUCUCACGUCAACUGCGCGUCUCGCACGGAUGCGUCUCGAAGAUUCUCAAUAGAUAUCAGGAAACUGGUUCAAUCCGUCCUGGAGUGAUCGGAGGAUCGAAACCGAGAGUAGCGACACCGGAAGUUGAAAACCGGAUAGAGGAACUGAAGAGACAAAACCCAGGUAUAUUUUCCUGGGAAAUUAGAGAUAAAUUAAUAAAAGAAGGCAUUUGUGAUAAAAACACAGCCCCGUCAGUCAGUUCUAUUUCACGACUAAUACGAGGAGGCAAAAGGGAUGAAUCAGACCCUAGAAGAAACCACAGUAUUGAUGGUAUUCUAGGUCCAUCAUCGUGCGAAGACUCAGAUACUGAAUCAGAACCAGGUAUCACGUUAAAGAGGAAACAGCGUAGGUCAAGAACAACAUUUUCUGGAGACCAGCUCGAGGCCUUGGAGAGAGCAUUCACAAGGACUCAGUAUCCAGAUGUUUAUACACGAGAGGAGUUAGCACAAAAGACUAAACUAACCGAAGCUAGGGUUCAGGUCUGGUUCUCUAACCGAAGAGCUCGUCUUCGUAAACAACUGAACUCGCAACAACUCAGUGCUUUUAACACUAUGUCCUUACAAUCCGCUUUCCCAUCAGUCCACCAGCAAUAUGAACCACCUUCUACAUUUAAUGCACAAUGUGCAUCUUGGCAACAAUCCUAUUCAUCCGCGUUGGGUACAAGUUCUGUCCUCAACUCAGCAUUAGCACCUUCCCUGCAUCAAUCAGCACUAACUGCACCCUCUGUAUGCCAGUCAGCUCUUGCCGCAUCAUCGUUACAUCCACCGACUUCAACUUCAUUCUCUUCAGGAAACUUAACUCCUCUCUCGCACUCAUCUGAACUUCCAACGCCCUUGCAAGCGCCAUCUGAUACUCCUCCCAGUUCAAGCCCAACUGCGGCAAGUCCUACAGCCAAUCAGAGUGGUGGGAUUACCUACCAGCAUCCUACUUACGCAAAUGGAAGUGAAGCUGUCGGUCAUCCAUAUGGAUACAGCGACUACGCGAAGCAAGAAAUGUCAGCCCACAACCAUUGGUCAUCUAGACAACUUAGUGGACACCCACAAAACAAACUAGCGGAAGUUGGUGCAUGGCCAGAAAAUUAUAGUUCUUUUUUUGGUACUAACGCCUCCCACUAUGCAUCGCACGCGCACUCGCCAAGCGAAGCAAAAUCUGGAUACCCCUACAUUGGUCAACUGGGAGGCAUGGAUAUGGGAAGAGUGCAUUGACUAAGACAUAAAAUAUAAGUUUUAAGUAAUCUUUGUAAGUUGUACGUUUUAUGUCACAGAAAAUCGAACCUCGAGGCAUUGCCAAGGUCUACUACAUAGUCAAAAUUCCACGGAAUUGAACGAAGCGAUUUGCUUCCUCGUUUCUAAUAUGCACUGCUAGAAUAUGGAAUGCCCUUCUGACCUGCGUUUUCCCCGCUAGCUGUAAAUAUUGGUACCUUCAAAAUAAGAGUGGAUUGGCAUCAUCUCCUACUGUUUGGUGUGAUUGCAGUCAAGUACAAGCCUAUAUAGAUAAACAAAACUAACUACAAUUAAGCUGAGGUUGCAUUACACCACAAUAACUAGAACAGAAAAAAAAAUUGUCGUGAUAGGCUAUUAAUGUAUGUUAUCUAUAGUUAUGUAGUCUUUCAAGGACUUCUGUACAUUGGUACCGGACCGCCAGCAGUUUCGUAGGUGUCGUUUUACCCUAAGUUUACGAGAUGUCCAUGCGUGUCACACACACCACACAAGCGUACCAAUUUGUCUUCACCUUUUAAAAUACGAAAAUCUGGCGUUUUAUAAGAGUCUUUGGUAGUUGCUAGAAAAUAAUCUCUCCUAAAUUCCUAAAACACUUGUGCCUUCAUAUUCAUAUCAAUAGAAGAAUACAAUUAAAUAUUUUGGUAUAACUUUAUACAAAUUGAUACUUGUGAAUUAUUAUACAUAUUGAAGA